GCAUGCGCCACAGCGCCAACGCUCUCCCCGGAUAGAGCGGGGCCCGAGCCUCUCCGCUGUGGUGGUUCCGCUCGCGCUCGCGCUCUCCCGCCGCCAUGUCGGCCACCAUCGAGCGGGAGUUCGAGGAACUGGAUGCUCAGUGUCGCUGGCAGCCGUUAUACUUGGAAAUUCGAAGUGAGUCCCAUGACUAUCCUCAUAGAGUGGCCAAGUUUCCAGAAAACAGAAAUCGAAACAGAUACAGAGAUGUAAGCCCAUAUGACCACAGUCGUGUUAAACUGCAAAGUACUGAAAAUGAUUAUAUUAAUGCCAGCUUAGUUGACAUAGAAGAGGCACAAAGAAGUUACAUCUUAACACAGGGUCCACUUCCUAACACAUGUUGCCAUUUCUGGCUCAUGGUGUGGCAGCAGAAGACCAAAGCAGUUGUCAUGUUAAACCGAACUGUAGAGAAAGAAUCGGUUAAAUGUGCACAAUACUGGCCAACAGAUGACCGAGAGAUGCUGUUUAAGGAAACAGGAUUUAGUGUGAAACUCUUAACUGAAGAUGUGAAGUCAUAUUACACAGUACAUCUACUGCAGUUAGAAAAUACCAAUAGUGGUGAAACCAGAACUAUAUCGCACUUUCAUUAUACCACCUGGCCAGAUUUUGGAGUUCCGGAGUCACCAGCUUCAUUCCUAAAUUUCUUGUUUAAAGUUAGAGAGUCUGGCUCCUUGAACCCAGAGCAUGGUCCUGCAGUAAUCCAUUGCAGUGCAGGCAUUGGGCGCUCUGGCACCUUCUCCCUCGUAGACACCUGUCUUGUUCUGAUGGAAAAAGGAGAGAAUGUUAAUGUGAAACAAGUAUUACUGAAUAUGAGAAAGUAUCGAAUGGGACUUAUUCAGACACCAGACCAGCUCAGAUUCUCCUAUAUGGCCAUAAUAGAAGGUGCAAAGUACACACAAGGAGAUUCAAAUAUACAGAAACGGUGGAGAGAACUCUCUAAAGAAGAUCUGUCUCCUGUUUGUGAUCAUUCACAAAACAGAACAAUGACUGAAAAAUACAAUGGAAAGAGGAUAGGUUCAGAAGAAGAAAAACUAACAGGGCUUUCUUCUAAGAUUCAAGACAGUGUGGAAGAGAACAAUGAGAGUAUUCUACGGAAACGUAUUCGAGAGGACAGAAAGGCCACUACAGCUCAGAAGGUGCAGCAGAUGAAACAGAGGCUAAAUGAAACUGAACGAAAAAGAAAAAGGUGGUUAUAUUGGCAACCUAUUCUCACUAGGAUGGGGUUUGUGUCAGUCAUUUUGGUUGGCGCUUUGAUUGGCUGGACACUGUUUUAUCAGUGACAUACCCUAUAAAUACAGUUUUACCCAGCACCUUUCUGCACUGGCAGGUGACAGUGCUGCAUUAAUCUCAAGGGUUUGUUAGCAAAUGCCUCAUACCCCAAAAAUGUUGCAGUAGACUAGACAUCAACCAGAUAAGGGAUGUUUACAGUCACAAGCCCACCAUCUCAGGACUCACCACUGCAGGUUCCUCUGAGACCCAAACUGUCAAUGACUCAAAAUAAAGACAAACAUGCUUGUUGAAAACUGUUACUUCUUACAGCUGUGUUCACACAUGUUGAGCAUCAUGCUUCACUGACUAAUAUUGAGAAAUCCUUAUUAUAAGGAUUGGCUUUUGGAGGCUUUCUGGAUUUUAACCUGCACUUGAUAUAAGCAAUAAACAUUAUGGCUUUUUUCUACGUUAUCAAUGGAAAGAAAAUAUCCUUUAAAUAAUGUGUGUAAUAUGUAAUAUACUGUUGAAAUGGGCAUUACAACUUUAUAUGCUUAACCAUUUUAGGGUAAAUAUAUUUUAUAAGUACUUAUUUAAUUUUACUUUUGUAGUUAAAUGUACUUUAAAAGUUUAAUUUGAAAAUUUGUUACCAUAGAAAAAUAAAUUGUAUGUUGACUGUUA